UCCGUGCUGCUAGAUACACGAUACACCCAAUCCAAUCUUUUAUUUAGUAUAACCUAAACAGAGAAAUGUGUAUGCCUGCCAGCUGCCUUUAAACUUCUUUUUAAGUCAAACUGAGUCAAACUGAUGGAUAGCGACAUGAAUCACGGUAUUGAUAUCGUAAAUCAUUUAACAAAGCAAUUUCUUUGCUGUGCUGCAUUAAUUAAAAUGGAUUUUACGGUAUUGGGCGCAUUGGAUAAUUGUGGUUUCGAUUUAGAUCUCCAAAAACAAAUUUUGGAUAAUACGAUAAAUAACGACUUGAUUAAGCGAUAUCCGAUAAAAACCUCAUACCAGAAAUCAUUUUUGAAAUUACUUAUGCAAGAGAUAGAGGAAGACGGUAAUGAGAUUCACGAUGAUUUAUAUGCAGCGUAUUGUAGAUUAAUAUCAUUGCCAUAUGAAGAAUCUGUGCAUUAUCGUCAUUUUUUAGUAGAAAAUGGAACGCUGAGUUGCAUUACGUUAAAGGAAAGCAUAAAUUUAAUCUCUGAAGGAACUACAGGCUUAUGUAGCUGGCAGGGUGCUGUAGUUUUGAGUCAAUGGUGCGCAGAAAACAAAGGACAAUUUUUUGGAAAAAAUGUAUUGGAACUUGGCUGUGGAGUUGGAUUGACUGGUAUGAGCGUAAUUAGUGUAUGUUCUCCGAAGCAAUACGUUUUCUCCGAUUGCCAUCCAACAGUAUUAGGCAUGCUAUGCGAGAAUGUAAAACUCAAUUUCUUAUUGAAUGAACGAUGCAAAUUAUUGAAGACAUCUGAAACGUCAAGACUAAAGUUGCAAUUAAAAUACGAGCAAAUCGACAUUCAAGUAAUAGAUUUAAAAUGGGAGGAUACUGAUAAAUAUAUAUCAGAAGGUUCGUCACAGCCCGACAUAAUUAUUGCCGCCGAUAUUCUGUACGAGAACAACUCGUUUGGUUCAUUAACAUCAGGAUUAAGGCACUUUUUAACGUCAAGCAAUUACGCUAUUAUCGCAGCAAUAAUUCGUAAUGAAGACACUAUUUCACAGUUUUUGGAGCUUUUAGGAAAUUAUGAUCUUGCUUUUGAAGAAUGUAGCCUACUAAAAUGGACUAUGCCGACGAUACAAUCGAUUGACGCGCCCGUUCGAAUAUUGAAGAUUUUUCAGAAGACUUGACAUUAAUUUUGAUACUGCUAAUUACUUAUAUAAAUUAUGCAAGCAUUUAUAUAAUUAUAGAUAAUGUAAUUAGGAAACAAUUAGGCUAGGAGCAAUUAAACGGCGAUUUUAUUAAUAAUCUUAGCAU